CCCCCGUUACACUCUGGAGCAAUACAAUUCAGUUACAACGUCUUCGUCAUUCAUCCACCUCCUUCUUCAAGCUCAAAGUCACACCUCGAUCAAGCUCUCUGACUCCUCUCAGAUCCGACUCCCCAUUCAAAUUCACCAAGCCUCGCCUGAACUGAAAGAAGAAGCUCUCUCCGUUUCUUCGAACCAUGCAUGGCCGGCCAUCGCAGAACCGGCUAUCGUCUUUUCAGUCGAGAAUUUCAGCUCUCCUCCUCGCCAUGCUCUCCACCAUGGCCGUAAUUUACGUCGCCGGCCGUCUGUGGCAGGAUGCUGAAGAUAGGGUUUAUUUGAUCAAGGAAAUUGAUAAAAGAAAUAGUCAGGGCCACUCUGCUAUAUCUGUGGACGAUACGCUUAAGAUUAUAGCUUGCAGGGAGCAACAGAAGAAGUUGUCCGCCGUAGAGAUGGAACUGGCUGCAGCAAGGAAAGAAGGCUUUGUUCCAAAGAGCUCGUCGAAAAAUGAGAAGGAUGAUUCUAAGAAGAAGCUUCUAGCAGUUGUAGGAAUUUUCACGACGUUUGGUCGCAAUAAAAAUAGGGAGGCAAUUCGUAAGGCGUGGAUGCCUACUGGUGCAGGAUUGAAAAAAUUGGCAGAUGAAAAGGGCAUUGUUGUGCGAUUUGUAAUUGGAAGAAGCCCAAAUCGUGGAGACAGUUUGGACAAGCAAAUCGACAGUGAAAGUAGGCAGACCAAAGACUUCAUUGUUCUUGAUGGUCAAGUAGAGGCAUAUGAGGAGGGUCCAAAAAAGAUGAAAUCAUUCUUUAUUCAUGCUGUAGAGAGCUGGGAUGCUGAGUUUUAUGUCAAGGUCAAUGAUGAUGCUUUUAUUAAUAUUGAUGUCCUUGGAGCAACACUAACUACUUAUUUGAAUAAGCCUCGUGUCUACAUUGGGUGCAUGAAAUCAGGCGAAGUUUUCUCUGAACCGACACACAAAUGGUACGAACCAGACUGGUGGAAAUUUGGCGACGCAAAAUCAUACCCUAGACAUGCAUCUGGUGAAAUGUAUGCCAUUUCUAGAGCAUUAGCUCAGUUUAUAUCAAUAAAUAGGUCUAUUCUUCGUACAUAUGCUCAUGAUGAUGUUAGUGCUGGAUCAUGGUUUAUUGGGCUUGAUGUGAAGCACAUUGAUGAUCGAAAGUUUUGCUGCAACUCCUGGUCUCCAGGAGCAAUCUGUACAGCUGUGUGAUAUAAUUUGCCUCACAAAUAUUGAUUCCUACCAGUAUAUAUAAAAGAAAGGGAAGGCUAAUCAUAUACAGCUCAUCUUGAUGCCAUUGUUGACCGGACGAUUCAAGCUGUAUAUAAGCUUUUUUUUUUUAUCCCAGGCAGAAAGUUGAUACAAACAAAGUUCAAAAUAUAGAUAUUGAAGAGAAUUGAAGAGGUUAUGGGAGGAUUGUAUCUAUGUGCUGCUGGUCAGAGUCUUCUCAUAACCUCCGGACGCCAACAGCACUUCACUACUUUUACAUUUUCCAUCUGUAGAAUUUUUGGAAGGAUUACAAUUCUUUAGUUAUUAAGUGUAGGAUUGGUUAUAUUUUCGAUAGAACAGCAUGUCAGGAUUGUCAAGUGUUACUUCAGUUGGGGGUUUUGACAUCAUUUUAACUCA